AUGAUUGGUGUUAUUCUGCAGCAGCUCAACGCCUUGACCCUGAGCAUCAAGCACGGGUGCAGACUGCCCCCCCUCUCUGAUGAAAUCCCUUCCUCCUUUCCAUCCCCUCGCUCAACAGUCGUAGCCUCCCAGGUCCCUAGCCUCUUCCGAGAGCCCUACAUCUUGUCAGGAUACCGUCCCGUCAACCAGGACUGGCGCUGCUACCUCCUGAGCCUCUUCCAGAGACACAAUGAAUCCCUGAAUGUUUGGACUCACUUGUUGGCGGGUUCUGUUCUGCUGUUCCGCUGGUGGGCCAACGUAGGCACCCUGGGGUACACCUUAGAUUCAGCUUCUCUACCUCUCAGUGUCUUCCUGCUAUCUUCCCUUACCUAUCUGUGUUUCAGUGUAGCGGCUCAUCUUUUUCAGUCUCACUCUGAACAUGCACACUAUUUCUUCUUCUUCCUGGACUAUGUGGGUGUUGCUGUCUAUCAGUACGGCUCCUCACUUGGUCAUUAUUUCUACACAUCAGAGUCCGCAUGGAGGGAAAGCUGCAUUGGACUGUUGUUUUUACCUGGAGCGUUGUUCUUUGGGUGGUGUUCCUGUGCAUGCUGCUGUUUCGCUAAGUCCAGGUAUCGCCGGCCAUAUCCGUUGGAACGCAGAAUCUGUCAGCUGAUUCCGAUGUCCCUAGCAUACCUGUUGGACAUCAGCCCUGUGGUCCAUCGCCUGUGUACUGUCUCCUGGGCACAGGAGCCCUCGCUGCCCUUCCAUGCCCUCCAGAUUGCCUUUUUCCUGCUGUCAGCUGUCUUUUUCUCCUGUCCCAUCCCUGAGCGAUUCUUCCCGGGCCGCUGUGACUUUGUGGGUCAGGGUCACCAGAUCUUCCAUCUGUUUCUGUCCCUGUGCACCCUUUUCCAGCUGGAGGCUCUGUUCCAGGACUACGCCAGGCGGAGAGAUGAAGUGGUGGAAGUAUUUGGAGAGAGGCAGCUGUGGUGGGCUUGUGUGUCCAUCCUACUACUGUUUCUGUGUUGCGUCCUGACUGCCCUCAUCACCAUAAAGCACAUGAGCAAAACACUGCAUAGCCAAAAAGAGAGAGAGAAAUGA